AAGCUUUAUCAAUCACAAAUUCGGAACAAUAUAGAGAAAACAUCAUCCAUAGAUUCAUAGCAGCUAGAGAAAAGUUCUGAAUAGGUGUUCAAUGGCUACUUCAAUUUCUGCAACUGGGUUUAAGGGAGGUUUAGGAACUUCCUUCUAUGGAAGUUGGGGCACUUCAGUAUAUGGUGAAGACUAUGCCAUGAUGGCUAAGUCAGUUCCGAACCAUGUUCGAGUUGGAAAGCCUGUUAGAGCACAGACUAUGAUGAAGAACAUCAAUGAAGGGAAAGGUUUGUUUGCUCCUAUUGUGGUUGUUACACGCCAAAUUAUUGGCAAGAAAAGGUUCAAUCAGCCCAGAGGAAAAGCAAUUGCUUUGCACUCGCAGGUAAUUACUGAAUUCUGCAAAUCAAUAGGAGCUGAUGCUAAACAAAGGCAAGGAUUGAUUCGUCUGGCCAAGAAGAAUGGGGAAAGGCUUGGCUUCCUUGCAUGAUGAUGACCACACACGUGUAUUUUGUCUUGACUAUUAGAGAUGUUCAGUCCAUUCCAAGGACAUCCAAGAUGUUAAAGCGUUCUUCAUCCGGGUAUUUCCUUGGAGACUCAGAAUGUAAACACGUCUUUCCUUCUUAUGUACUUGAAACCUUCAGUUUAGUUGUAGUAUUUAAGUUUCAGACCAUUGAAACAAAACUCAGAAACGAGCAAACAAGUUCAACGAUUUAGAUUAGAAUCAACCCAUCUGAUGUUUCAGAAAAUUGAAAGCUUUAAUUUCUGGUAGAAUGUAUAAAUGGUUACCAUUAGUUUUUUCUUCUUAAUUAUAACCGUGGUGAUUUAAGAAAAGGAGGUAGGCAGGUAGCUAUGUAGGAGAUGAAAGAUGCUUAGGUUUGAACCUGAGACCCAGCACCCACCCCAAAAUGAUAAACUAUCAGAUAAAAUGGUGGCCAACAGAAUACCUUCAACUUAAGCAUGAUAAACUUCCCUAUUCUGUUUUAGGGAUGUACCAGUAGCAAUCAAAGCAGAAAACAUUGCCAAAUGUAAAAGAUUUGCCAAUUUUAAACAAUAGAAUUAGAGACGAUACAAAAAGGUUAAAAAAUGAAAUCCACAUGAUUUAGUGUCUUAGAAAAACCAUAAAUGAAGUAGGUAAAAACAAAGAUGUACAUUGUAUUUCAGUGUCCACAUGAAUUAUGAUUCGAUAAUUUUCAAGCAUUAUAAGUGUUAAACACAAAACAAACAAAUACAGUUACACAAAUUGAUAGGUCUA